CCGGUUGCCUCUCCAGCGCCAGCUGCGUGGUUCGGCGAGCUGCGAGCACAUCGUCGAGAUCUGCGUAAUACCCUCUGAAAUCGGAGUAAUUACCUCAUCAUGUCGUAUCACGACGACGAGGAUUACGACCCUUACGCAUACCCCAACGAUUACGAUCUGCACACCGGUGACCCAAAAGCAGACCUGGCCUAUGAGAGGCAGUACGAGCAGCAGACUUACCAUGUGAUCCCAGAAGUGAUCAAGAACUUCCUGCAGUAUUUCCACAAAACCAUCUCAGACCUGAUCGACCAGAAGGUUUACGAGCUCCAGGCCAACCGUGUCUCCAGCGAAAGCAUCGAGCAGAAGAUCUACGAGAUCCAGGAUGUUUAUGAGAACAGUUGGAACAAGUUGACGGAGAGGUUCUUCAAGACGUCUCCAUGGCCAGAAGCUGAAGCCAUCGCAUCACUCGUUGGCAACGAUGCUGUGUUCCUCAUCCUCUACAAGGAGCUCUACUACAGACACAUCUACGCUAAAGUCAGCGGAGGACCAACUCUGGAGCAGAGGUUUGAGUCCUACUACAACUACUGCAACCUCUUCAACUACAUCCUCAAUGCAGAUGGCCCCGCCCCCUUGGAGCUCCCCAACCAGUGGCUGUGGGACAUCAUCGAUGAGUUCAUCUACCAGUUCCAGUCCUUCAGCCAGUACCGCUGUAAGACUGCCAAGAAGACAGAGGAGGAGAUCGAGUUCCUGCGGAGCAACCCGAAAAUCUGGAACGUCCACAGUGUCCUCAACGUCCUCCACUCCCUCGUGGACAAGAGCAACAUCAACCGUCAGCUGGAGGUUUACACCAGCGGAGGGGACCCGGAGAGCGUCGCCGGGGAGUACGGGCGUCACUCCCUCUACAAGAUGUUGGGCUACUUCAGCUUGGUGGGGCUCCUGCGGCUGCACUCCCUGCUGGGCGACUAUUACCAGGCCAUCAAAGUGCUGGAGAACAUCGAGCUCAACAAGAAGAGCAUGUACUCCCGUGUACCCGAGUGUCAGAUCACCACCUAUUACUACGUCGGCUUCGCCUAUCUGAUGAUGCGGCGCUACCAGGACGCCAUCCGGGUUUUCGCCAACAUUCUGCUCUACAUCCAAAGGACACGGAACAUGUUCCAGAGGUCGACGUACAAAUAUGAGAUGAUUAACAAGCAGAACGAGCAGAUGCACGGCCUGCUGGCCAUCGCUCUCACCAUGUACCCGAUGCGCAUCGACGAGAGCAUCCACACGCAGCUGCGGGAGAAGUACGGCGACAAGAUGCUGCGGAUGCAAAAGGGUGACCUACCGUUGUUCGAGGAGUUGUUCAGCUUCGCCUGUCCCAAGUUUCUGUCUCCUGUGGUGCCAAACUAUGACAACGUCCACCCGAACUACCACAGGGAGCCUUUCCAGCAGCAGCUCAAGGUCUUCACCGAGGAGGUGCAGCAGCAGGCUCAGCUCUCCACCAUCCGCAGCUUCCUGAAGCUCUACACCACCAUGCCAGUGGCCAAACUGGCCGGCUUCCUGGACGUGACGGAGCAGGAGUUCCGCAUUCAGCUGCUGGUCUUCAAGCACAAGAUGAAGAAUCUGGUGUGGACCAGUGGCAUCUCGGCCCUGGACGGAGAGUUCCAGUCCACCUCCGAGGUCGACUUUUACAUCGACAAGGACAUGAUCCACAUCGCCGACACGAAGGUGGCUCGCAGGUACGGAGACUUCUUCAUCAGACAGAUCCACAAGUUCGAGGAGUUAAACCGAACUCUGAAGAAGAUGCCAGCGAGUGGCAGCGGUUCUACAUCCACCAGCGCCACCAGCCGAUAGGACCAUCGAGAGGAAAAUCUAAAAACAUGGCAACGAUUAUGGCGUUUUUUUUUUCUAUGUGAGCUGGAAUUAAUAAAACAAGGGGCGUGAUACCAA